CUUUCGAAGCUUCAAAGCCUGUAAACGUUAUUCGUUUUUUUAUUGCAUAUGUAUGGCAUAAAUUAAUGAAUUGUUUUGUUGUAUUAUACAAAUUGCGGUUUUAAUUUAUGUUGUUUUGUACGUUUGAUAUAAUAACUUAGAUUGUGAAUACUAAUUUUAACAAUUUUAUCUAAUAUUAAUCUGCAUUUUAAUAUUAUUAACUGUAAAUACAUAUAAAUUGUCCUGUUGUGUAAAGUACAAGGUACUUUACUCUAUAAUUGCAUUUACUUAUUCUAUACACGUUCGAAGUGCGCAUUUGACCUUCGCUACACACUUCAUUGGGUAUAUAUAGAUACAUAAAAUGAAGUCGCCAGGACCUUUUUCUUGGUAUAUUCAAUACAUAGGCAUACCGGUGUCGGUUGGUUUUGCCAUGUUUCGUCUAUUUAAUAGAUUUACAGAACAAAAAAGACAAGCUGCAUUACAGGGCAAGGUUGUUGUUAUAACUGGAGCUAGCUCUGGCAUUGGAGAGGCUCUUGCACAUUCAUUUUAUAAUUAUGGCUGUAAAGUAGUUUUAGCUUCAAGGAGAAAAUCAGAAUUGGAACGAGUUAAACAGGAUUUAAUUGCAAAUAAAGUUGUAGGUCCAAAGCAAGAACCUGUUGUCAUUGAAUUAGACUUGGCUGAUAUGGCUCAGUUAGAACCCUUCAUAGGAAAAGUUCAUGAAGUUUGUGGAAGAAUUGACAUAUUGAUAAAUAAUGGUGGUAUUUCCCAUAGGGGAUCUGUUAUUUAUACAAAAAUGGAUGUGUAUCAUAAAAUUAUGGACAUUAAUUACUUUGGUGCAGUUGGACUCACAUUAGCUGCAUUACCAAAAAUGAUGGAAAGAAAAAGUGGUCACAUUGUGUUUGUGAGUUCGGUUCAAGGACUCAUUGCUAUACCAGACCGUUCAGCAUAUGCUGCAUCCAAGCAUGCAGUGCAAGCAUUUGGUGAUUCAUUACGUGCUGAAAUGCACCAACACAAUAUUAAUGUUUCUAUAUUAAGUCCAGGCUAUGUAAAAACAGCAGUUUCCUUAAAUGCACUUACUGGAAGUGGAGAUGCACAUGGCGUUAUGGACAAAAGUACUGCUAAUGGUUUUGAGGCAGAAUAUGUUGCUUUGAAGACUGUGGAUAUGAUAAUAAAUAAUGAUAAUGAAACAAUAGUCAGCCAGUUCUUGCCAAGACUAGCAAUAUUUUUAAGACAUGCCAUACCAUCCUUAUACUUCUGGAUUAUGGCUAAAAGAGCCAUUAAAACAUGAGAUGAUGUCAAGUAAUAUAUUUUUAUUGCUUUGUUUAAAUAACAUUGACAUGACACAAACUAAAAAUAUACAGAGUAAUGAUAAAACGGGUUAAAGUAGUUUAAAUAAAUGGGGCUUAAAAAAAUAAAAUGUGAUAAAUUAAAUUUUUUUUUAUUAGAACAUGUUCUACUACAGCUGGCAACUAACCCUAUAACAUGACAAAAGAAUCAACAACCUCUUUAAUUCACUAAAAAGCAUUUUACAUUUCAACAAAAUAUAUUUUUGUACAGUAUUAAUCUAGAUCUACAUAAUACAUAAUAUAUUUUAUCCAUAAAAAUAACAAUAUUAUACAGUUUUUACAACAUAUUAUCUAGAUUGAGACAAUGACACUAGAGACAUAUUAUUUGCCUAUCAUACAAUUAAAAUAAACUUAAUGUAAGCCUUUAAUUAACAAUAUUAAAAUAUUUUUUAUUUAAAUGUGUUAUAUAGUCUCCAUAAACAAAUUGCAGCUGCAGCUAUAGAUACUGUGCUAUGUAGUAUAAUUUUUUGUUUAUUAUCUGUGCGUACAAGUACUACUGGGGUAGCAGAUGUAAGGUCACUCAACAUUGGUAAAGUUGAUAAGCGGUGACGAUUUUUCUCCACUUGAUACUUACAACAAGGAUCCCAUUGCCAAGACAAAGUGUAACAGCCAGCACAAAGUACAGAUAUAAUCCCAAAAGGUGUGCAUGCUAAGGAACUCCAAGUUAAACCUGUAAUAAAUGAUUUUGAUAUAAUUAAUGAAACUGUAUAACAAAGGAGCUUCAUGAGGAUGGAAAGCAUCAAGCAUUUAGACAAAACACUGCCUAUAAAGGAUAUUGGUAAUUUAAUCUCAUGUGUAACACCAUUAGUUAAUCUGUAUUAAAAUAAUUUGAGAACAAAGUGUAUUUCUCUUUGUUAACACAGUGAUUUAUCAUGUUACUUUAAUUACAACAAUACAAAUACAAAGUUUA